AUGAGUAAAGUAUUAUAUAAUUCGCUUGGUGUUAGUGCAGUAGGCAUAGCAUCGUAUUUCUGGGGAAAAUCCGGAAGCAAUGUUCCUGCCGGUGACACUAAUGUCAAAACUCCUACACCACCCACUGGAGUGGCACCAGUUGGAUCAGGAACUGGAGCAGUAGGUGGAUCCUUUGACCCAGCAUUAAUUAGACCUCAAGACUUCUACAAAUAUGGGUUCCCAGGACCUGUACAUGAUUUGACCACUAGAGGAGAAUUUGUUAGUUGCUACGAUAGAGCCACCCGAAACCCAUAUUGGGUAGUGGAACAUAUUACCCAAGAGCUGAUUCGUCGUGGGGAAGGAGUUGAUAGAUCCAAAUCUGUUUUCAAAGAAGAUGAAACAAUUCCCUUAAAAUUUAGAAACCGAUUAAGGGACUUUUUCCGUAGUGGAUAUGAUCGGGGGCAUAAUGCUCCUGCAGCAGAUGCCAAAUAUAUUCAACUGGCAAUGGAUGAAACAUUUUAUUUAACAAAUAUUAGUCCUCAAGUCGGAGAAGGGUUUAACCGAGAUUAUUGGGCUCAUUUAGAAGAUUUCGGUCGUAGAUUAACCAAAUCUUACGAUGAUGUUAGAAUCAUGACUGGCCCAUUAUAUUUACCUAAGAAAUGUGCUGAUGGGAAGUAUAGAGUGGAAUACGAAGUCAUUGGGUCGCCACCAAACAUUGCAGUGCCUACUCAUUUCUUCAAGUUAAUUGUUGGAGAGAACAAGAGAGACCAAGGCCAAAAGAUCAGUUAUGCCGCAUUUGUGUUACCCAAUGAUAAGAUUGAGAAUCUGACACCGUUGACCAGUUUCCAAGUUCCCUUAGAAGCGUUGGAGAAGAGUAGUGGUUUGGAAUUACUUGGUAAGGUUCCUUACUAUAAUAAGAAGGAUUUAUGUCAGGAAGUUAAGUGUGAGAUAAUUGUUCGGGAGUUUUUACCACAAACUCAAAAGGUAUUAGCAUUACCAGGUAAGUAA